AUGUCGUCCCCGGUGCCGCUUCUUCGGGCACCCGUCCCUGGCGGUCGGAGUCAAAGCGGCAGCCGCACCCCUCGGUUGACACUGGGAAUCCCUCCAUCACCGAACGCAAGACCAGUAGCCAGCGAGGGCGAGCCGAUAAGUGAGAUUCCACGGUUUAGCCUGGCUGCGAAAGGGCCGCCAAAGUUGUCACUCGCUACGCCCAUGGGAAGCCAAGGAUCUAUCCAAGAAGGAGGAACAAAUCUGAGGCCACAGAUACAACCCCUGAACAUCAGUGCUGUCAAUAACAACGAUACCGGGAGUCGGCCAAGAGGGGACAGUUUUCACAAUGCAAGUGUUCCAGGCUCCGCCUCAUCAUCUACGUAUUCAGCCUUGUCCUUCGCCAUGCAGGGGAGGACAGGGAGUACACCAGACCCAUCCUCUGCCAUCAGUUCCAUCUACUCUGAGGCCAGCAUUGGCGGGACCUCUAUGGAACGGGAAUCCAGCAUGGGUGGAUUGUCAAUCGACUUUGAGAAACUCAGCAUUGAGAAAGGGAGACCACUGGAUGUCGAGGAUCUUGAUGAUGAAGGUUGGGGAGCAGCAAGCGACCAGAAGAAAAUCAUUGAGCUUGGCUCAUUGGGUGAGGGUGCCGGGGGCGCAGUGACUCGAUGUAAGCUCGAGGGCGGAAAGACAAUAUUCGCACUCAAGAUCAUCACAACAAGCCCAGAUCCCGAUGUUAAGAAACAAAUCCUGCGAGAGCUGAAAUUCAACAAGAACUGCACAUCCGAAUAUAUUUGCCAGUACUACGGUGCCUUCAUGGACAAGUCGUCAAGUACGAUAUCGAUAGCCAUGGAAUUUUGCGAAGGCGGGAGUCUCGACAGUGUCUACCGUGAAGUCAAAAAACUUGGAGGUAGGACAGGCGAAAAGGUCCUGGGAAAAAUUGCCGAAGGUGUCCUACACGGCCUCACGUAUCUCAACAGCAGGAAAAUUAUCCAUCGAGAUAUCAAACCAUCAAAUAUUCUGCUCUGCCGCAAUGGCCAGGUCAAGCUCUGCGACUUUGGUGUCAGCGGUGAAUUUGGCACGAAAGGAGAUGCCAAUACCUUUAUCGGCACAUCGUACUACAUGGCGCCAGAACGGAUACAGGGGCAAUCCUACACGAUCACAUCCGACGUGUGGUCGCUUGGUGUGACGUUACUCGAGGUGGCACAACACCGAUUCCCAUUCCCGGCCGAUGGCACCGAGAUGCAACCUCGGGCGGGUUUGAUCGACCUGCUCACGUACAUUGUUGCGCAACCCAUACCCAAGUUAAAAGAUGAGCCGGCAAAUGGCAUCAAAUGGUCCGACAUGUUCAAGUACUUUAUCGAAUGUUGUCUGGAGAAAGAUCCGAAUAGAAGAGCGACACCUUGGCGAAUGCUGGAACAUCCGUGGAUGGUGGAAAUGAAAGCCAAGAAAGUCAGCAUGUCGACAUUCCUCUCACAGGUUUGGGACUGGAAAGAUUGA